UAAGUAUUGAAGGGGUGGGGGGUUAUUCAAGGGGCUCUGGCAUCACUUGCUCGGGUCUGGUCGUUUGGCCAUCUCAAGUAGCUAACCCGUAACGCACUGUUUUCUCGGCAACAUACUUCGGACAAGCAGGAUGUCAGCAUGGAGUGUGGCCCAGCCCUGCCAGACAGCCUGGUGCUGGAGAUCUUCCUCCAUUUACCCCACGAUGCUGUGCUGAGUGCUGGCCUUACCUGUAGACAGUGGCUGGCUGUCUCCCGAGAUGAGUUCCUGUGGAGAGAGCUGUUCUACAGCUACUACCGCAUCCCCCGCACAGUGCCUCGACACCCAGCCUCCGUGUCUUGGUACAGGGAGUUCAAGCGCCUGUACGACUGCAUCCCCUGUGAGGAGGUGCAGACCCUGACGGAGCACCACGACCAGGUCCUGCACCUGGCCUUCUCCCACAGGGGCCACCGUUUCUCCUCCUGCUCCAAGGACUGCACCAUCAAGCUAUGGGACACGGAGCGACCCGAUGGCAUCAUUUCCCUGGUGCACAGCUCCAGUAUGCUCCAUUUCAACUGGGCGUACACCCAGUUCUCCCAGUUCAACGCUGACGACAGCCUGCUGCUAGUGUCUGGGGUCUACCUGGGACCGCACCAGUCCUCCUCUGGGGAGAUCGCCGUCAUCAGUCUAGACAACUACACGCUGCUGUCGCGCGUGCGGAACAAGCCCUACGACGUGUUCGGAUGCUGGCUCAACGAGAGCCACCUGAUCUCUGGGAACCUGCACUGGAUCGGCAACAUCACCUCCUGCUCCGUGUUCUGGCUCAACAAAGCCUUCCAGGACAUCGAGUCGGAGAACGUCAACGUGGUGAAGCGUCUCUUCCAGAUCCAGAACGUCAACGCCAGCACGGUGCGCACCGUCAUGGUGGCCCACUCGCGUCGCCACGACAACCCGGACCUGCUGCUGGACUACGAGGCGCAGUCCCUGGCGCGGGCCCAGAGCCGGGCCCGCGCCCCGAGGGGCGGGCCGCACCAGACGCUGCACUUUGACCUGGGCGGCACCGACAGCGAGGAGGACGGCAGCGGGGAGGAAGAGGAGGAGGAGGAGGAGGAGCGCCUGAGGCGUCAGGGUCCCGCCACGCCGCGGCUGCCUCAGCCCACGUCCUCGGGCCUGGAGGUGCUGCAGCGCUGUCGGGGGGCCGGCUCCGCCGAGCUGGAGGCCGAGGCCACGGUGGCCCGGAUGAUGGGCCGCGCCUACACCAAGACGCCCGACCCCUCCCUCAUCACCGCCUCGGCCCCCGGGGAGGGGGAGGACAAGACCUACCUGCUGUUCACCACCGGGAGCCUGACGUACUCCCCGCACCAGAUAGGCAUCAAGCGCAUCAUGCCCGACCAGAUGAGCACCAGCGGGCCCGUGCUGGGCGGGGAGCGCAGCUCAGAAGAGUUCUUCGACUCUCUGGACCACGUGAUCGACAUCCACGGACACAUCAUCGGCAUGGGCCUCUCGCCAGACCACAGGUAUCUGUACGUGAACAGCAGGGCGUGGCCGGCCGGCUGCGUCAUCUCGGACCCCAUGUGCCCCCCGCCCAUCGCGGAGGAGAUCGACCUGCACGUCAUCGACCUGAAGAACCUGCGGGAGGAGAAGAUGAUCCUGCGCUCGCACAAGGCCUACACGCCCAACGACGAGUGCUUCUUCAUCUUCCUGGACGUCAGUCGGGACUUUGUCGCCAGCGGUGCGGAGGACAAGCACGGCUACAUCUGGGACCGCCACUACAACAUCUGCCUGGCGCGGCUGGCCCACCAGGACGUGGUGAACUGCGUGGCCUUCAGCCCCGCCGACCAGGAGCUGCUGCUGUCGGCCAGCGACGACUCCACCAUCAAGGUGUGGCGCUCGCCGCGCAUGGUGCGCCUGGCCCGGACCCCCGGCCCCCGCCGCAACCUGCUGCCCUCCUGGUUCACCCGCUACAAGACCCCCGCCACCUCCACGAGGAGCACCACCACCGCCGCCGCCGCCGCCACCCCCACCCCCACCCCAGCAGUAGAGGAGCAGGAGGAGGAGGAGAGAGACGGAACCAUUUAACAUCCAUCAAUGGUUAUGUCCUUCCUCCACCAACCAGCAUCAUGCUGAAUCAUGAGCAGUACAGGAGGGCCAUCAGAGGAGCAAAAAGGGCAUAGAGGACUAAGGUGGGGUCAAGUGACCAUAGCUCUGGACCCAGAACAAAGACAAGACUGCAAUGGGAGGGCCUACAGUUUGGCCCAGUCCACCUGCUCACACCUGAGUGCCAAGCCAAUGGAUCGCCUACAUUCACUGUAGCCAAGGUGGAAGUCCUCUCACAGGGCGCCAGGCCUGUACGGCACAAGGCCCUCAGGGGCUGUGCUGACCCCGACAGCAGAGGUCUUCAGUGACAUCUCAACCUCUCCCUCAGCCUGUCUGUUCUCCCCACUUAAUGCAACCGGACCACCAGUGUGUCCUUAUGCCCAGGGGAACCAUUGUCCCCUGCAUGAGCAACUAGGGCCCCCUCUAAGCAUUGACCUCAGUCAUGAGGCAGUGCUCUGAGCGGCCGUUCGAGUCAUUCAUCUGCUCCUCACUGCCUUCCACCUCGGACCUGGACAAGUGUUGAAUGUGAUUAGAUUUUUAUCAGUGUGUUUGUUUUUGUGUGGAAUUCUCAUUCGUUUGUUUUUCAUUCAUCAGAUCUGCUUUUUUUUUGUUUUUGUUGACCAUUUUAAAUAAACAGCCUGAGUUUGCGAAAUGUGUGCGUUUAAAUUGCUGUGAAAUAAUAAAAUAAACGGCAAACGGCAACCACCUGAUCGCUAACAUCAUUACCAUUACAGCUCAUGCUUACUUAGUCUCGGUUGUAUGGUCACUUCAUCACUUUUUAGUCUGUGACCUUACAUUGUCAAAGGUAGGAAUGACGAACAUUCUUAUCUGCAGUGAUAGCGGUCUGCCUGCCAUUUUCUACACCCAAUUGUGACUAUCAAAAAAAAUUGUUUGAUAAAAGCAAGCCCCCGUGUUUGUAUUAAAAGCAGUGGGAUAUUGCCCCAAUGCUCAGUCAUUACUGUGCAUGAGUGUAUCUAUUAGUUGAGAUGAACAAAGGAAACAUUUUUGAACAAAGGAAACAUUUUUCAGCAAAAAAGUACAAAGUGGCAAAUACAAAAAGCGUAACACCUUUUAUUUAUUAGAAAAAAUAACUGACUUUUAUGCGUCUGAAUUGAUUAGUUAAAUAUUUAGUAGCCAAACGCUAUCUAGGAAAACACACCCAAACCAUUCUUUGCACUUCAACUGAAAGUUUUAGAUUAUACAGUAUAUUUGCCAUUACAAAAACGUUGCAAUAAAUAAAUUGUGUAUCAGCAGGUAGGUUGGAUUAAACAGUGCAGCCAGUUUCUACAGGCUGCAAAACCAGGUAUUAAAUAUUGAAUCUUAUAUGAUUCUCUGGUGUUGAAGGGUACUGUAUCGUCACUCAAAUGAUAUCUAUGGAGGGAGUCUUUUACAGCCAAUAACUUGCUCAGCUUGACACGCAAAUAACUUUCAAACAUCCGCAACCACCAUAAAACCCAACAAUAAUACUAAUUUAUAUUCAUUAAUAAUCUAAUAUAAGAUCCAUGUUGGUACAUUGUGGAACUAUGCUUAAAUAACCAAUAUAUUUGGAAUAUAAGUCAAAGAUUAUUGGGCUAUAUUUUAUCUGAUUAACUUGAGAUACUUUCUAACGCAGUCCUCGUUUUGAGUAAACACUUUGGAAACACCUUUCUAACUCAAUAAAUUCCAACAUGCAUUAUUUAGUUAGAAUUUAUAUAAAUGGUUAAAGGGGUAGUUCGGAAAUUUGGACGUAGGGCCUGAUUCCAAAGUUAGCCUUGGUGUUCUUUAUCAUUGGAGACAGUUUAACACAUUUCAUUCAGUCCUUCUAUUUUGCAGAGUUCGCUCGUGCUAGGCUAGCGCACGGCAUCGGGCAAUACUAGCCUGCUAAUAAAGCAGUCUUACCCACUCCACAGUACACCCGAGGUAAAUCAAUUAUAACGUCCCCAGACUAUAGAUGUAAAUGUCUGUGUCGAUAGAAUAAUUUUAGAAAUAAAACUAACCUCACAUCGCAUGAAUCAUUGCAUUUUGAGGGACUACUUUCUCACAGCAGCAGCGGAAUUUAACCUAGGUAUCAGUCCGCUGCUGCCGUAGCCUACUACCAGCAAUAUAACAGUCCCUCAAAACGCAAUGCAAUGCAGGGUUGGUUUUAUUUCUAACAUUAUUCUAUCAACACAGACAUUUACAUCGACCGUGUGGCGUUAUAGUUGAUAUGCCUCGGGUGUACUGUGGAGUGGGUAAGACUGUUUUAUUAGCAGGAUAGUAUUGCCCGUUGCCGUGCGCUAGCCUAGCACAAGCAAACUCUGCAACUAGGAGGACUGAAAUGGGUUGAAAACUGUCUCCAAUGAUAAAGAACACCAAGGCUAACUUGGGAAUCAGGCCCUAUGUCCAGAAUUCCGAACUACCCCCUUAAGAGUUACACUUUCACUUUACCUGCUGUUAGAGGCAAAUCCUAAUGAUUUAGCAUAUGCAUAUAUAUUUAUAUAUAUGUAUAUAUAUUUUAUAUGAUAUAUAUCAAUGAAGUCAAAAUAUAUAGUAAGCAUUUAUGUAUAGCUUACAUGGAUAUAAUAUAAUAAUAUUCUAGAUAUCUUAUUUAUAUAUAAUAAUCAUUAGUCUCGGAUUUUAUUUUGGCGUAGUGCUUCCACAGUCUACCCCCUAGAGGCCGGUCAGGUCCACGAU